AUGAAAAGUCAUACCGAUUUGGGAAAGAAACGUCUUGAGGGAAAGUACAGCUUCAAUAUGUCCAAAGUCGUACCUCAAACAACCUUGCAUCGAGAAUUUCCACAACAAACAGGUGUUUCAGAAUUAUUCACAAAAGGUAAAUCUCUUCAUUAUGAAAAUCCCGAAGUUGAACUACUGGUCAAGAGACAGAAACGUGCAAACAGUAGUGAUGAGCUGGGGUUUACAGGGCUUGAUCCAUCCUCGUCACCACGAAGGAGCAGAGAUCAAGUAAUUGUACAUAAUUGGCAAACUCCUGAUGAUCUCCUUAUACAGUCAAUGAAUAAUAUUUUCAGCAUUGCCAUUUCAAAAACAAUCAAUAAGGCAAUCGAGGAUGAAGUUCCUCGAGAUGUGCGACAUCAAAUAUCUAAGCAAUUGUUCAAUUGUUGGAAUCAAGGCGUAAACCCGGAAUCUUUCCGAUCUAGGCUUAAAGUUACUAAGUUACCUUCUCCACUGAAGUUAACUUUGGAUAGUGAUCUACCAAGUGAGAGUGUACAAGUGAAUAAUACAUUGAACAUUCAAGAAUUGGGUACUAAGCAAAAGGUACUUAAUGCUUAUCUUGAAGAAGAAACGCAACAACUUGAGGAUCUAAAACAGUACUUGUCAGAAUUGGAACUGGGACUUUCCCGAGAUAAAUCAACAUUACGACAGUAUCGUCAAUCAGUUGAGGAAGCAUUUUCCUCGAUGGACACCGAAAUAAGUGACUUAGAGCAAAACAUGAGGUUGGAUCAAUUUGAAGAGGCAGAAGACGAAGUGGUUUCUUUAGACAAUCAUGAAAAUAUCAGUGAUUUCGAUGCCAACAAAGAUCCAGACAUAAGGACAAGGCUAGAGCCAUUACAAUUCAAGCUAGAAACCAUGCUAGACGAUACUACAACUCUAAGAUCCUUUAAUGAUCGAUUGGAGUCUGUUUAUAAUUUAUUAGAUUGA